AAGUACUGUCAAAAAAUGCAAUAGUUAAACUUUUUGGUUGACCCACCUGUUGCUCGUGUCCCUUGUGUCGAGUCAUAUCCUGGCAGAGCUGCUCCUGUGCUCCGUCCAUCCUGACUGACGAUCAGGCCACACACCACAGCCAGAGCCACAAGUCUCAUCUUUGAACACAAGAUUCAGAUCCUCCCUGUGCCUGUUAACGUUCAUCCACUCCGCAGGUCUGUCUGAAGGAUUCCUCUUCACGAUGCCGUUGUCUCGUUCCUUGUCCAUGACGUCCCUGAGCGGGGUGCUGCCGUCCUGGGAGGAUGAUGAGCUGCCUGUGGAGGACCUAUUGCUUUUUGAGGUGGCCUGGGAGGUCACCAACAAAGUUGGAGGAAUCUACACAGUGAUCCAGACCAAGGCCAAGAUCACAGCGGAUGAAUGGGGGGAGAACUACUACAUGAUCGGGCCGUACUUCGAGCAGAACUUCCAGACCCAGGUGGAGGCCUGCGAGCCGCCCAACCCAACCAUCAGGAAGGCCAUGAACACACUCAUCGAGAACGGCUGCCAGGUUCAUUUUGGCCACUGGCUAAUCGAGGGCAGCCCCUAUGUGAUCCUGUUCGACAUCGCCUCUGCUGCCUGGAACUUGGAGCGGUGGAAGGGGGACCUCUGGCAGACCUGCAACAUUGGCCUGCCCUACCACGACCGAGAGGCCAAUGACUCUCUUAUCCUGGGCUCCUUGAUCGCCUGGUUCUUCAAAGAGCUGACGGACAACCUCGGAGACAAGCCAAAUGUCAUUUGUCAUUUCCACGAGUGGCAGGCGGGACCUGGGCUUAUUCUCUCUCGCUCCCGCAAGAUUCCAAUGGCAACUGUGUUCACAACACAUGCGACCCUGCUGGGACGAUACCUCUGUGCUGGGAAUACAGAUUUUUAUAACAACCUGGGCAGGUUCAACAUUGACAAGGAGGCGGGUGAGAGACAGAUCUACCAUCGCUACUGUCUGGAGAGGGCCGCAGUCCACUGUGCUCACGUCUUCACCACAGUCUCAGAGAUCACCGCUGUGGAGGCCAGCCACAUGCUGCACAGGAGGCCAGAUGUGGUGACCCCAAAUGGGCUGAACGUGAAGAAGUUCUCAGCCAUGCAUGAGUUUCAAAAUCUGCACUCCACCAGCAAGGCCCGCAUUCAGGAGUUUGUCAGAGGACACUUUUAUGGUCAUCUGGACUUCAACCUGGAGAAAACCCUAUUCUUCUUCAUUGCUGGACGCUACGAGUUCUCCAACAAGGGAGCUGAUAUUUUCCUUGAGUCAUUGUCCAGACUCAAUUACAUGCUACGGGUCCACAGAAAUGAUGUGACAGUGGUAGUUUUCUUCAUCAUGCCCGCAGAAACCAACAACUUCAAUGUGGAGUCAUUGAAGGGGCAGGCGGUACGCAAACAGCUCUGGGAUACAGCUCACACUGUGAAAGAGAAGUUUGGAAAAAAGCUGUAUGACGCUCUGUUAAAAGGGACAAUCCCUGAUAUGAACUCCAUCCUGGACCGAGACGACUUCACUAUAAUGAAGAGAGCCAUCUAUGCCACACAGAGACACAGCCUCCCUCCAGUGACCACUCACAACAUGCUGAAGGACUCCACAGACCCCAUCCUGUCCAACAUCAGGCGCAUUGGCCUCUUCAAUGCCAGGAGCGACCGCGUCAAGAUUAUCUUCCACCCCGAGUUCCUGUCCUCCACCAGUCCUCUGUUGCCCAUGGACUAUGAGGACUUUGUCCGUGGCUGUCACCUUGGAGUGUUUCCCUCCUACUAUGAACCAUGGGGAUACACACCUGGUGAAUGUACUGUAAUGGGCAUUCCUAGUGUGACCACCAACCUGUCAGGUUUUGGCUGCUUCAUGGAGGAGCAUGUCUCAGACCCUGCUGCCUAUGGGAUUUACGUUAUGGACCGGCGGUUCCGUUCAGCCGAUGAUUCCUGUAACCAGCUGACUCAAUUCAUGUUCAGCUUCUGCCAGCAGUCACGCCGUCAACGCAUCAUCCAGCGUAACCGCACCGAGAGGCUUUCUGAUCUGCUGGACUGGAGAUACCUGGGGCGGUUCUACAUACACGCCCGCCAUCUCGCACUUAGUAGAGCUUUUCCUGAGAAGUUCAAGAUGGACCCCAUCGCCCCUCUGAAGACAGAGGGUUUCUGUUACCCCCGCCCCUACUCGGUGCCCCCCUCUCCCUCAGCUUCCGUCCACUCCACCCCCCACCACAGUGAUGCAGAGGACGAUGAUGAUGAGUCCUACGAUGAAGACGAGGAGGCUGAGAAGGACCGGCUGAACAUCAAGUCUCCUUUUAUGCUGGGUGCUAUGCCCGAGGUAAAGAAGAAGCAACCCGGAGAAUCAGGAAACUGAGAUUUACUAUGACUAUUACUCAGUGCUUUUGCUAAAUGUGUAAGGAAUAAAACAAAAAUGAAAGAAAUAUCUCAAUCUGAUUAUCCGAUAUACUGCACUGUACUGUAGUGAUGGAGAGCAUGUGCUCCAGUAAACUUACCCAUUUCCACCACCAUUACCUCCUAUACAUCAUGUACUGCUGCUGUAAUGUCUCACUAAAACUAUUAACUCCUUCCCCUUUAUCCAAGGCUUUUAAAAAAUGUGAGAACAACAAUUGAAAAAUUGAGAAUAUUUCCUUUUAAUUGUGGUGUUCCCCAAGGCUUUGUCCUUGGCCCAGUGUUGUUUUAGCAAACAUUCUUUCUCACUUACUCUCAGUGACAUUACAGAGCAAAUGUGUUGUCUUCUAUCUGUCUUCUACCAGAUGGCAGUCUAAUGUUUUAAUGGAAUCCAACAAAAGUAUGACCCUAAAUAAUAGAAUUAGUCAAAUAAAAAAGCACUUGUAGUUGUAAUCAUGUGUUCCCUUUUUUAAUUGUUCAGCAUUGUGAAUCUUGUUUCUAUUUUGAUGAUAAAAACCAAGACAAU